AUGGUAGAGUUACUUAUAUGCAUCAGGAGUCUCUAUCAUUGUUCCAGAGUUCAGUUUAUUGUAUUUUUAUGCGAAGAUCUAGAUUCUAAGAAGUUGUGUUCCUGUUCAUCAUUGUUUGGUGUAAUUCAUAGCUUAAGGUCUAUUGUACAAAUUACAAUUGAAAUUGAUUCUUUAUAUGAAGGUGAGGCUGUUGAGAAGUGUUUGAGGGAUGCUAAGAUGGACAAAAGCAGUGUGCAUGAUGUUGUUCUAGUUGGUGGAUCAACUAGGAUCCCAAAAGCUGUGAUUUUAGGUGGUGAAGUUGAUCGGGUCUUGGAUGGAGUGUUGCUGUUGGAUGUUACUCCUCUCUCCCUUGGGCUCGAGACAGCUGGAGGGGUGUACGAAGGCGAGAGGGCAAGAACCAACGGUAACAACUUGCUUGGUAAAUUCGAGUUGUCUGGAAUUCCACCUGCGCCACGUGGUGUCCCUCAGAUCACUGUUUUGCUUUGGCAUUGA